AUGCCUCCCGGUACCCGUACUGCUCGUCAGCGUCUCGUGUCAAGCGAGAACGACGAGAACAGCUCGACGCGUCUUACACGAGCCAAGGCCGCCGCUCUCAACGUGGACGAGCUCGCCAUGCCAACAAAGGGUGCCUUGCAGCCCAAAAAGUCGGCCGCCAACCUCGGCAACGCUGGCGUUCAACGGAAGCGUGCUGCACUCGGCGAUGUCAGCAACGUCAACAAGUCCGAAGCUGUAGAAGGGAAGAAGGCCGGUGGCAAGGUUGGGCUCGUCUCCAAGGCUUCCCAUCCAACUGGUAUCCAGAAGAGCACUACUCGCACUGCUACUGCCCGGAGCGCCCUCGGCGUGAAGGAAUUGAACAAGGCCGAACCAAGACGCGGUGGUUCGGGAACCAUAGUGGCUGGGCCAAAGCGAAAAGUCGCGUCCACCGCCAACAAAGAUCAAGAUGAGAUUGCUACCGGAGAAUCCCAGCCUCUCAGAAAGAAGACACAAACUCACAAGUCAGUGGACCUCGUCCGUGACGAGAAUCACGCCCCUGUUGCCCAACAUAAACAGCAGACCGUCGAUGACGAGGAUAAGCCGGUUCCGCCUGAGGGAGUCAAUGUAAUUGAGGAGGAUGACUGGGAUGAUCCUCUUAUGGUUGCUGAGUAUGCCACGGAGAUUUUUGAAUAUCUGCGCGAUCUUGAAUGUCGCUCUGUUCCCAACCCCGACUACAUGUCACACCAAGACGACCUUGAAUGGAAGACGCGUGGUAUUCUCAUUGACUGGCUCAUUGAGGUGCACACAAGAUUCCACUUGCUACCAGAGACUCUCUUCCUUGCCGUCAACAUUAUUGAUCGCUUCCUCUCCGCCAAGGUUGUUCAGCUUGACCGUCUUCAGCUUGUUGGCAUCACCGCCAUGUUCAUUGCGUCCAAGUACGAGGAGGUCUUGUCGCCGCACGUCGAGAACUUCAAGCGUAUUACCGAUAAUGGCUUCAGUGAAGCCGAGAUUUUAUCCGCGGAGCGGUUUCUGCUCAGCACCCUCAACUAUGACCUCAGCUACCCCAACCCCAUGAACUUCCUUCGCCGGGUGUCGAAGGCGGACAACUAUGACAUCCAGUCUCGCACAAUUGGCAAAUAUCUCAUGGAAAUUAGUCUCCUCGACCACCGCUUCAUGUCCUUCCGACCGAGUCACUGUGCUGCUGCUGCCAUGUACCUGGCUCGCAUGAUGCUGGACCGUGGUCCAUGGGAUGAGAUUCUUGCUUACUACGCUGGAUAUGACAAGCAGGAGGUCCAGCCUCUGGUUGAUCUGAUGGUUGACUAUCUUGCUCGUCCCGUGGUUCACGAGGCAUUCUUCAAGAAGUAUGCCAGCAAAAAGUUCCUCAAGGCCUCUAUCCUUGCUCGCCAAUGGGCCCGAAAGAACGCGGCUCUGUUCGGCAUCACAGACACGGAGCUCUCUCUUGACCAGAUAUCAUGA